AGCUGCCCCGCAACACCUCGGCGGUCCUCAAGAAGUGGACGGAGAAGAGCAACAACUGCCUCAGUUAUGACACGUCCGCGGUCUGGCCGGAUCAGGUGUCAGGGCGCAACAGCCUCCUGGUGGGGUUCCUGCCGACGAUCACGGGCGAGCGGAAGGAGCGGCUUGGCCUGAAGGUGAUCGGGGCCUUCGCCUACGCCGUCGACGAGGUCAACAAGAACUUCACGCUGCCCGAGAACUACAUGCUCAGGGUCAAGUACUACGACACCCAGGGCGUGGAGACGCGGGGCAGCAGCAGCGUCGUGGACCUCCUGUGCAACAACGUGUCCGCCAUCUUUGGUCCCGAGCACACGUGCUACGUCGAGGGCACGAUCGCCGAGGGGAAAAACCUGCCCAUGAUCUCAUACGGCUGCAAUGAUGAACGAGCCUCGACCUUCAAAACAUUCGCCAGGACAAAUCCUUCAGAAAUAUAUAUAAUCAACACGACCAUCGCCACGCUCAAGCACAACAACUGGAGCCGCUUCUCCAUUAUCUACACCGACGACAGCACCACCAUGGUCAAGACGCUGAAGGCAGAGGCGAGGGCGCACGGCAUGACCAUCAACCACGAGAUGCUGUUCAAGAAGGAGGAGUUGCUGUACACUUUUCAGACGACUAAGAGCACCACGAGGAUCUACGUGUUCAUCGGUCAUCGGUCCCUUGUCAACGAAGUCCUCACCGUGAUGGCGAUGACUGGGCUAUUCCAGGGAGCCAAGAAGGAGUACCUGCUUCUCUUCGUCGACCGCGAGGAGUACGCGAUGUACGAUUGGCACAGCUACACUUGGGACAGCCAUUCCAGGACGGUGAUGGACGAGAGCGGCGGCACCUGCUGGGAGGACGACCUGAAGAUGUACGACGGCGCCUUCAUGGUGGUGGCCAACCGCUUCCCUGACUCCGGAAAUAUCACCGACAUGGUGCUCCAGUACAACAAAGACCCGCCCUUCUGCCUGGGUUUCCACACGGACCUGCCCAGGAAACGGCCCAUCAAGAGCAAACCGCAUGUUCCAUACUUGCCCUCGGCCUACCUGUAUGAUUCAGUGCAGCUUUAUGCUCGAGCUGUGAGCGAGCUGUACGAAAGGAGGCAGAACCUCAGCAUCACUGUGGCAGACAUAGCCAGCAAUGGAACCAUGAUCAAGAACCACCUAAGGAACAUGACAUAUGAGAGUAUUCUUGGUUUCAAAAUGACGAUGAACAUGAAUGCAUCCAGUGAAGGCAAAUACAGUGUGUAUUACUUUUCACAGUGUCCUGAUUCUAGCAAUGAUACCUACAACUGUUCCAAAUGUCUUUACAAAAUAAGUGAUUAUUAUGGAGGGAAUUACUCUCUCAUGGCAAGUGCCCUCAAAGUGGAAAUAAAAGACAUGCCUCGCUGUGGUUAUAAUGGCACAUUGUGUAACACAUCAGAGACUCAGAGCAAGAAAAUAGCUUUUUGGCUAAUGAGCGCCCUUCUCAUCUUGUUUACAUUUGUGUCAACUAUAUCAUACCGAAACUGGAAGUACGAGCAGGAGAUUGUGGGUCUGCAGUGGCGCAUCAACGCAGCUGAACUGACAUUGGGUAACCACGCUUCUGUUGGAAGUAGGGUACGUGAGGUGGGCUUAUACUCGACCUCUUCCUCCCUAACUAGCAGGCAAAGUCUAGUGAGUGCUGCCUCGUACGAUUUCCAUGACAAAUGGUACCACAACUGGGCAAACUACAAGGGUACUGUGGUAUGUCUUAAGGCCAUCACCAUGAACCAAAGGAGACUGGAGCUUUCACGCGGUACCAUGAUUGAAAUGAGAAAUAUGCGUGAAAUGAAGCAGUACAAUGUGUGUGAAUUCAUUGGAGCCUUUGUGCAACCAAACGGGGUAACGCUUGUGACAGAAUACUGCACGAGAGGCUCCUUACUCGAUAUUCUUGCCAUGGAAGACAUACAGCUCAAUAGUCUCUUCAUAUCAUGGCAUGCUUUUUCUUCAUUCCAAUUUUGGCCCUCAUGGCAACCUCAAGUCCUCCAACUGUGUCGUCAACGGGAGAUGGGUGCUCCAAGUUACAGACUAUGGCUUGCAUGACCUGCGGAAGGAGGCACUGCGCAAUCUGGAGAAAGACGACAAGGGACAGUUUGAUAGACACAUGCUUUGGAGAGCGCCAGAACUGCUCCGAGCUGGAAUAGAAGCUUCAGGAACCAAAGAAGGAGAUGUCUACUCAUUUGCCAUUAUCCUCCAUGAAAUGAUUGGUCGACAGGGUCCAUAUGACACUUAUGAUAUAAACACAGAUGAUCCCUCAGUGAUCAUCCAGAAGUUGAAAGACGGAUCAACCCUAACAGGUAAUGUAUAUCGUCCAUCCCUUCUAAACCUACUGGACAUGCCCUUCGGGUCUGACCAGGACGUGAGGAGCACUAUGCAGGCGGCCUGGAAGGAGAACCCAGCUGAGAGGCCAAACUUCCGCACAAUCAAAAUCAAAUUGAAAGACAUGAAGGACAAAAGUCGCAAGGGUAACAUAAUGGAUCACAUGUUGCACAUGUUAGAGCAGUAUAGCAAGAACCUUGAGGAAUUAGUAACAAAUCGAACCCAAGCACUGAGGGAAGAGCAGAGCAAGACAAAAGAUUUGUUGCAUCGCAUGUUACCAUCAUCCGUCGCAGCAAGUUUAACUCAAGGGAUAGAUGUAGAACCUCAAGGCUUCGAUGCCGUUACAAUAUAUUUCAGUGACAUUGUAGGGUUCACUUCUUUGUCUGCUGAGAGUACCCCAUACCAGGUGGUGAGUUUCUUGAAUGACUUGUAUACACUUUUCGACAACAUCAUCAAAGGCUAUGAUGUAUACAAAGUAGAAACUAUCGGUGAUGCGUAUAUGGUCGUCUCAGGCCUUCCAAAGCCAAACAUGGGGAGACAUGCUGGGGAAGUAGCAUCUAUGGCCCUUGAGCUGUUGAAUGAGGUAAAAACCAAGUUUGUUAUUCGGCACCGGCCUGAAACCACCCUCAAGCUGCGGAUAGGCCUGCACACAGGCCCUGUGAUAGCGGGUGUGGUUGGGGUCACCAUGCCCAGAUACUGCCUCUUUGGCGACACUGUGAACACUGCUUCCCGAAUGGAAAGUGCGGAUACACAUCUCAGAACAGUGCUAUAAGGCCCUGGAAGCGCUAGGUGGAUAUGAGAUGGAGGAACGCG